CAAGGAGACGAGUCGGGGCAGAGCCCGGCCUCGGUAGCGUCGAGGGAGCUGCCGGCGGUUCGGAGGUUGGGAUGAGGCAGCUAAGGAAAGGAGGAUCUGAAGGAGGAGGCCCUGGACCCUCCCUGGGCGGCCAAGAGUUCAGCAGAUCCAUGUAAGGAUGGCAGCUUUUUCCCAUUUGCUACUAUAUUAUUUCUGGAUAGAGUGGUUGUAAUACUGAAAGAAGACUGAUGACUUAAGCAACUACUAUGACAGGUUACUUACUCAUAUAACAGCACCAUUCUGAAAAAAGAAACUCUCAGGAUUUUUGAGCAUUUGGCUAACUUUUACAAAAUGAAUCGUUAUACAACUCUGAAGCAACUUGGGGAUGGAACUUAUGGCAGUGUUCUGAUGGGGAAGAGCAAUGAAUCAGGGGAACUUGUGGCCAUCAAAAGAAUGAAACGGAAGUUCUAUUCCUGGGAUGAAUGUAUGAAUCUGAGGGAAGUUAAGUCUCUGAAAAAACUUAAUCAUGCCAAUGUAAUAAAGCUGAAAGAAGUUAUUCGAGAAAACGACCAUCUUUAUUUUGUGUUUGAAUAUAUGAAGGAAAAUCUCUAUCAGCUAAUGAAAGACAGAAAUAAAUUGUUUCCUGAGUCUGUCAUCAGAAACAUUAUGUAUCAGAUAUUACAAGGCUUAGCUUUUAUCCAUAAACAUGGAUUUUUUCAUCGGGAUAUGAAACCUGAAAAUCUUCUUUGUAUGGGUCCAGAGCUUGUUAAAAUUGCUGAUUUUGGAUUGGCUAGAGAACUAAGAUCUCAGCCUCCAUAUACUGAUUAUGUUUCCACCAGAUGGUAUCGCGCACCUGAAGUUUUACUGAGAUCUUCUGUUUAUAGUUCUCCUAUUGACAUUUGGGCUGUUGGUAGCAUAAUGGCUGAACUAUAUACGCUAAGACCACUUUUUCCAGGAACAAGUGAAGUUGAUGAAAUUUUCAAAAUUUGCCAGGUGUUAGGAACCCCAAAGAAGAGUGAUUGGCCAGAAGGAUACCAACUUGCUACUGCAAUGAAUUUUCGUUUCCCUCAGUGUGUUUCACUAAAUCUAAAGACCCUCAUUCCAAAUGCCAGCAAUGAGGCAUUAUAUCUCAUGAGUGACAUGUUGAAUUGGGAUCCAAAGAAACGACCAACAGCAAGUCAGGCACUGAAGUUUCCUUACUUUCAAGUGGGCCAGGUUUUAGGACCACCUCCACAAUGCAUGAAUCAGAAACAGUCAUAUCCCAAGUUAACAGAACGAAAGCCAUCUCUGCCCAAAUUUGAACAUACAUCAAAAUUAGAAGCUGUAUCUAUGCCAGAAUCUCAGUCUUCACUAGAUGUAUCUGAUAAGUGUCUAUCCAAAAAUAACCAGCAUCCCCUCCAGCCAAUCCAACUGCCUCAGAAUGCAGUGAGUCAGCAGCAACUUCAAUCGUUCCUUCCAGCCAUCAGUAAAAACUCAACAUCAAAACAUGCAACCAUAGGACCCUCAAAUAGUACAAUGGGUGUGAAAAACUGCCGACGCCGGUGGGGUCAAACUCUGUUAAAGAACAUGGAUAGUUGGGAUGAUUUUGAUGAUUCAGAAUUUGGAAUUUCUUAUUUUAAGAAGCCCAGCAUUAUGGUGUUAAAUGAAAAGAAAACAAAAGAACCACUUUUUAGUGUUCCUGAAUCUAAGUCCCCUACCUCUGGCCAGUCAGGAGAAAACAAAGUUCUGAAGAGAAAUGACUCUGGAAUAUCAACUACUUCAGCAAAACAGUACUAUUUGAAACAAACAAGAUACCUUCCUGGUGUAAACCCUAAGAAUGUUUCCUCAGGAGCAGCCACUAAAGAAAGAAUCCAUGGUACUUGGAACAAUCCUUUGUUUUCAAAAUCAAUAGCACCAAUUGGAGGUCUGUCUUUCAAUCAAGUCAAUGCAGAAGAAAACUUAAUUAAACCAAUUGAAAAACUGUCAUGCAAAGAAAGAGUGAAUGAAAAAUUAGAGGAUCCCAAAGGAAAUGCUGGCUUUAUUGGUGCUGCUUACAAUGCUCCUGGAGGAUAUAUCCCUUCAUUUCACAAAAAAGAGGUUGGUUCAGCUGGCCAAAGGAUACAGUUAGCACCUCUUGGUCCAUCAGUUACAGAAUAUGCUUGGAAAACCAAAGCUGCUCGUGCCCAACUGCCAGGGCCUACUUACAGCCCCGCCACAAAAGGCAUGAACAUUUUAACUCACCCGCCCCCAGUGCAACCUGUGCAUGGAAGAACUGACUGGGUAGCUAAGUACGGAGGGCAUCGGUAGAAGUGCUUUCUCACAUCACAGAAUGAAGACAUAGUCACUGAGCCAACUAUUACUAGUAUUUACAAAAGUGAUGCACCCCUAAGGUUCAGUUUUAUAUUAGAUUUUGCAGGAAUAGGAUUACUCUUGUAUGUGAUUCCUGUGAGUGUACACGUGAAGGUGUUAAACCAUUUUCCACUGAUCUGUAUACACCUUGUUUCUAGUUGUGACUAUGGAACUUACAGGUGGGAAGACAUUCAUCUGUGCUUUGCAUUGGGCCUGAUCCCAAGAACUUAUAGGCUGUUGUGUUUUGCAUACAUAUAGUUAUAUACAUGCAUCAGCUGUUACUGUUGAUUCUGAAAUGAGGGAAACUUUUCCUUGCAGAAGUGUUUAGACAGUAGAAACCUAAUGCAUUUGUGGAGCCAUUUAGCUGAGGUGAAAGUUUUCCUGGGCAUCAUAUGCAGAUUUGGCCUUACGACUGGGAAAUAUUAUGAGUGAAUGAUAUUCAGAAAGAACCCUUACCUGGGAAGAAGGCCAGAUAGCAUUAUUUAAUCAGAAAAUAAGCAUUUAAAUAAUAAUUACUCAUGUGGCUUUCUAUGAAGGCAUUCUGGUGGUACUUCAGAAAUAAUUUCCAGGAAGUCUAAGUAACUUUGUAUGUUGUUUUUUCCCUUUAUUUUUUUAGUUGAAUUUGACCAUAGAAUUAGUCAACUGUAGUGCCUUUUCUUGGUAACCAAAGCUGAAUAACUACAGAAUUCUCUUUUAAUUCCUAAAGGAAUUGCUUAAAAUCUGGUAAUAACUUCCAGUAUUUAUUCUUCAAACCUCAUUCUAUACUAUAGCAUUGAUAGCAUUAUCUGGCCUCAAGACAUAUUUUGGAUGCCAUAAGUACACAAUGGCCCAAAAUCUAUGUGGUGUUUCAAGUUCAAGUUAGUGAUUUGUUAAUAUAUAAGAAAGCCUUGCUUUAUCCAUCAGAUGUCACUCUUAAAACUCCAUGCUUUUCCAACUGCUAAAUAUGGUAUUUGUUAUAUUGAAACUGAGAAUCUGUAGUUGUUAAAAUAGCAUGUAUUAUGUAUUCUUAUUCAAUUGUAAAAUGUUAAGUUAUUUGCAGACUGACAAGUAUUUUGUAUGUAUUUUAUUUUUAAAAAUUGCACACUCUUGUUGCAGAGGACAUGUUUGAUUUGAGUCUUGAUUUGAGACUUAAGGUAGAAUGCACUUAAAUAUGCUGUCUCAAUUUCAGUAGGGUUUACUGAUAAGUGUAUUACAUAUUGAAACCUUGAAUUAAUAAUAUAAAGGCCAAUUAAUAUUAUUGAAUAGUUUUUUAAGUUGCUGUUAUGUGGACAAUAUUUUAUCCCAGUGCAGAGUUGCAGGAAUAUUAGACUGAUCUGUUUCAGUCUCUCAAAAUUUACAUAAUGCACUAUGCUAUAAAUGCUGUCUUAAAGGAAUCUACUUAAAAGUUUCAUAUAAAAAGCCACCAACUUGCCUUUGCAACUGGGCUGGUUUUCAACUGAAAAUCAUUUGUUUUAUAAUAAAGUUAACUUCUCAGGAAUACAAGAAUAUAGUAGUCUUCCAUCAGAAAAAGCAAUGUAUUAUUUAUAACUUAACAUUUAUUUGUUUGUACCCUGUCUUUCUAUGCUGGUAUUUUCAAGCUGACCGGUAGACUAAAUAAAUAAUUGAUAAAAAUUACAACAAAUGAUUUAUUCAUAUAAAAAUAUUUUUAUACAAAUAGAAACCAAAGUCAUCACCAGCCAGCUCAAAAGGCUGGUUGAAGAGGAAAAUAUUGAUUCCUUUCUUACAAGCAGAAAAAGAAAAAGCCAAGUGUAAAAUCUGCAAUAAUGUUCCAUAGCCUGGGACUGAUGGAGCAGCCCCUCUCCUCUGUGCCUGACAAAUGGAUGUUUGAAAUCAUAGGCAUCUUUAUGAGGUCCUCCCCUGCUGACCUUUAAGGCCCAGAGAGAGAUGCCUAUUUCUCAGGUUAUCAAGUCUAAACCGUAUUACGUUUCAGAAGUUAAAAACAGCACUUUGAAUGGCACCUGGAAAAUAAUUAAUCAGCUCAUAAAUUUCAGUACACCCAAGAGUGAUCCUAUUAUCAUGGCAUGAUUAGCAGUAUAACUUUCUGCCUUUGCACCAAUAGAACUUUUUAUACACCAACUUUUUAUACACCAAAAUAGAGCCAACUAGGGCCUAUUGUAGUCAUGUUAAUUAGUCCCUGAUGCCCAAUACCCAUUGCACAAAUUGACCUCAACUAAAGUUUAAAUUGGUGAUAUGAAGGGGAAGAAAUUGCUAGAGGAUAGUUGCUCUGGCAAAGAACUUGUUACUUUUUUUUUUUUGCUUAUUUUAUUAAAAUAGUAUUUAUUUUUUCUCUAAAUGUGCUCAAGGUUUGCUUUUGCUGAACUGACACUUUUUUCCUUAAAUAAAAGGCGGAAUGCUGUAGGGAGAAAGAAGGACUUGUUUAUGCUUAAGUAAAUCCAUGCUCUUGCCUUCAUCUAAUAAAGUAUUAUCAGUAUAUCAGAAUACAGUAGUACCAAAUUCUGAUUUUAAAAUGCUUUUAAACACUUCACAGAAUGACAUGUUAUCAGACAUACAGUGAUGAAUCUUGUAUUACCUCAGUGUUUACUGUUGAAACUGAGAAAGUUCUUUUGUACAAGGGUGUUUUUUUUCUGUGUACUCUCACUCUGAUGAGAGUCUGCAUUUCCAAACUCAAACUCUUAUUUUCUAAACAUUGAGAAAAGGAGAUUUCUUCAUAGUAGAAGUGACCUGCUGAUAAUUGUUUGAAUUUUAUACACUACAUUAUUAAAGCAAUCAAAUGAGGUGCCAUUUGAGUGAAUUACUGGGUGUGGAAGGCCUAAUCCAACAUUAAACAUAUGCAGCAUUUGGUAAUUUCAAAUGGGAUACUGAUUUCUUUCAGAGAUGCAUCUGGCCAUAGGAAGAAUGUCAUAUGAAAUGCUCUGAAGCUUCGUAGAAGCAGUGAGUUGGGCUCCGUUUUAUUU